AUGGCUCUCUUUGUAGUGCUCAUUGCUAUGGAAGCCACAUCUGUUCACGGCCAAGGCAAUGGAAAUGGCAACGGCAACGGCAACACUGGCAGUGGCAACGGAAAUGGGAAUGGUAAUGGCAACACUGGCAGCGGCAACGGAAACGGCAAUGGAAACGGCAACACUGGCAGCGGCAACGGAAAUGGCAAUGGGAAUGGCAACGGCAACACCGGGAGUGGCAACGGCAACGGUAAUGGUAAUGGCAACGGGAAUGGAAACGGCAAUGGGAAUGGUAAUGGAAAUAGUGGAAAUGGCAACGGUAAUGGCAAUGGCAACGGCAACGGCAACGGCAACGGCAACGGCAAUGGUGGCAACGGAAAUGGCAAUGGUGGCAAUGGAGUCAAUGACAGUACAAACUACGACGUAUUGCCACCACUAGAAUCCGGACAGGAGCGAUACCAGUGCAAAGCACUAGGGGCCUGUUUCUACAAGACCCUUGUAUGUCCACCAGAAUGCCCUCAGAGAAAGCCCAAAAACAACAAGAAAGAAAAGGGUUGCUUCGUUAACUGCGGUAGCAGCUGUGAAGUCACUUGCAAGGUUAGAAGAAACAACUGUGACGGCUAUGGCUCUAUCUGCUACGACCCUCGGUUUAUUGGUGGUGAUGGUGUCAUGUUCUACUUCCAUGGAGCCAAGGGAGGAAACUUUGCCAUUGUCUCAGACGAUAACCUCCAAAUCAAUGCACACUUCAUCGGGACUCGACCACAAGGAAGGACUCGCGAUUUCACAUGGAUUCAGGCCAUCUCAGUGAUGUUUGACACUCACACCCUUGUCAUUGCAGCAAAAAGGGUCUCAAAAUGGGAUGACAAAGUUGAUGCUCUCAUGGUAAAGUGGGAUGGUGAGACCACUAGCAUCCCAACUAAUGGAGAAGCCGAAUGGAGGACUAGCGACAAAGACAGAGAGGUGAUAGUCGAAAGAACGGAUGACACUAACUAUGUAAGAGUUAUAGUGACUGGGAUCGUGGACAUAGCCAUUAGGGUUAGGCCUAUUGGAGACAAAGAAGACAGAGUUCAUCACUACCAUAUACCAGAUGAUGAUACUUUUGCUCACUUGGAGACACAAUUCUCAUUCUCCAAUUUAUUGUCUCCUCUUGUUGAAGGAGUUUUGGGAAAGACUUACAGGCCAGGCUAUGUUAGUCCAGUGAAGAGAGGAGUUCCAAUGCCAUUGAUGGGUGGGGAAGACAAGUAUAAAACUCCAUCACUCUUUUCACCUCUCUGCAAGGUGUGCAGGUUCCAAACUACUACUCAAUCUGCAGGGCUUGCAAUUACAAGUGAAGGACUUGGUGAUCAAUACUGA